AUGAAGCAUUUUCCUUUCUUUUUUCUUUUGGCCAUUUUGGUCUGUUGUUUCAAUAUCAAUGUAGAAGCUGCUGGUGGUGGUAAUGGUUUUGUCAGAACAAGAGGGUUCCACUUCAUGUUAAAUGGAAAUCCUUACUAUGCAAAUGGUUUCAAUGCUUACUGGUUGAUGUAUACCGCUGCUGAUCCAUCUCAGAGAUACAAAGUUUCAAAUGCUUUCCGUGAAGCAAGAAAUCAUGGCCUUACUGUUGCUAGAACUUGGGCAUUCAGUGAUGGUGGUUAUAGUCCUUUGCAAUAUUCUCCUGGUUUUUAUAAUGAACAAAUGUUUAAGGGGUUGGAUUUUGUUAUAUCUGAGGCAAGAAAGCAUGGGAUUAAGCUGAUACUGAGUUUGGUGAACAAUUAUGAAAGUUUUGGUGGAAAGAAGCAGUAUGUGAACUGGGCUAGAAGUAAUAAUGGGCAGUAUUUGACAUCUGAUGAUGAUUUCUUUAGGAACCCUGUUGUUAAAGGUUUCUACAUCAACCAUGUCAAGACUGUUCUUAACAGAUACAACAGUUUUACUGGAAUCCAUUACAAAGAUGACUCCACAAUCAUGGCAUGGGAGCUUAUGAAUGAACCUAGGUGUACAUCAGAUCCUUCUGGAAGAACAAUUCAGGGUUGGAUAACAGAAAUGGCUUCUUUGGUGAAGUCCAUUGACAGGAAUCACUUAUUGGAAGCUGGUCUAGAAGGCUUUUAUGGACAAUCAACUCCUCAAAGGACCAAAUUGAAUCCUGCUAUUAACAUAGGAACAGACUUCAUUGCCAACAAUCGAAUCCCAAACAUCGAUUUCGCAACUGUUCACUGUUAUCCCGAUCAAUGGGUACAAAGUUCAAAUGAGCAAGAUCAGAUUGCAUUUUUGAACAACUGGCUCAGUGCUCAUUUCCUAGAUGCACAAUAUGCUCUUAAGAAACCAAUACUAGUAGCGGAAUUCGGAAAGUCGUUUAAGGAUUCAGGUUACAGCACAAACCAAAGAGAUCAACUUUUCAAUACCGUGCUCUACAAGAUAUAUUCGUCUGCCAAAAGAGGCGGUCCUGCGAGUGGAGCAUUAUUUUGGCAACUUCUUACAGGAGGAAUGGAAUCUUUCGACGACGGAUAUGGAAUAAUGCUUGGUCAGAGUUCUUCUACUGCUAAUGUCAUUGCUCAGCAAUCUCAUAAGCUGUAUCUUAUUCGGAAGAUCUAUUCGAAGAUUGCUAAUGAACGGCGAUGGAAAAGAGCUAGAGGAAAUAGAGGAGGACAAAUUGGAUUCUGA